GGUGGGGAGAAAGGGAGAGAGAAAGAGGGAGGAGAGAGUUAUUUCUUAAUAAAGACACUUGUCACAACAUAUUGAUUUAGCAUCCAUUUGCCUUGAGUUUGAACAACUGCCUGCUGCUAAUCCCAAUACUGAGCUGGACAACAGGACCACUGAGCUGGACAUGGCAUUCAAUGGAAAAUGGAAAAUCCACAGUCAGAAUAACCAUGAAGAGUUUCUUAAAGCAAUGGCUGUCCCUGAGAUGUUGGUCAAAAUGAUCAAGGGUGUCAAGCCAACGACAAUAAUUGAGCAGAAGGGUGACAACUUCACCAUCAGAGUUGAGACUCCUCUCCGUACUGUCACCAACUCAUUCACUAUAGGGAAUGAGGCAGAAAUCACUGCCAUGGAUGGGAGAAAGUUUAAGUGUACUGCCAGACUGGAGGAUGGGAAGCUCAUCUGCGAUACAGAAAAGUUCUCCCACGUCCGAGAAAUCCAAGGGGAGGACAUGGUUGAGACUAUCACUGCGGCCUCUACAACCCUAACCAGGAUAAGCAAGAGAGUCUGAUCUCUAAAGCCACAGAGACAAGGAUUACAUUUUCAAUUAAUUAAUUUAAUUAAAAUACCUUUUAUCUCAGUUAAUAUAAUAGCUAUAGUGGUGUAAUGCAAAAUAUUACAUUAAAAAGACAAAUGACUCAAUAA